UCCCCAAACGUCCUAUGCUCGUUAAAAGUACAAGCACCAAAUCACUUCUUCACUAUUGUAUCUCCAAAACUCUCAUCCUAGGACUUCACUACUUCAAGAGAGAAAAUCCUGUAGCGCAAACUUUCGUCUCUGACACUACCCUUGUCCUUGUCGCGGUGGCUUGACGGCGGUUGCGUCACCUUUAAAGAUAACGAAGCUCUCGUGUUUGGAUUCAGAUCCGACCCGCAUUGUACUCGUUGUAUAGUAAGUUGCCAAGAUGGUUGCCCCGGAAUUCAUUGUCGAUUUAAACAAACCUCUUGUCUUCCAGGUUGGUCAUCUUGGAGAAGCAUAUGAGGAAUGGGUUCACCAGCCAAUUCCUACGAGGGAAGGCCCUCGAUUUUUUGAAAGUGACUUUUGGGAGUUCUUGACUCGCACUGUCUGGUGGGCAAUUCCAGUCAUUUGGCUGCCAGUUGUAUUCUACUGCAUCUCCAUGUCUGUAAGAAUGGGCCAUACAUUUCUAGAGAUAGCAGAAAUGGUGAUUUUUGGCAUUUUUGUUUGGACAUUGAUGGAAUACACUUUGCAUCGUUUCCUUUUCCACAUCAAAACAAAGAGCUAUUGGGGUAAUACUUUUCAUUAUCUUAUUCAUGGUUGCCAUCAUAAGCAUCCUAUGGAUGGCCUAAGGCUUGUUUUCCCCCCUGCUGCAACAGCUGUUUUAUGUGUACCGUUAUGGAAUUUUGUAAAGCUUCUAGCAACUCCAUCAACAACUCCAGCACUAUUUGGAGGCGGUUUACUUGGCUAUGUGAUGUAUGAUUGUACCCAUUACUACCUGCACCAUGGUCAGCCCUCAAGUGGAGUACCUAAACACCUCAAGAAAUAUCACUUGAAUCAUCACUUUAGAAUCCAAGAUAAGGGAUUCGGAAUCACAUCUUCCCUAUGGGAUUGGGUGUUCGGGACACUUCCCCAAAGUAGAUCAGCUGAGAAGAAGAAAUGAAUAAACGAAGAUGGUAUAUAUCAACUGUUCAUUAUUAUUUGCCCAUAACAUGUGUUAAAACAUUCUUUCUUCUGCUAUAAAUUUAUACUAGGGUGGGUAGUCUAAUUGAUUGCUGCCAGGUCAUGGGUGGUGUCAAUAUUGUGUAGUUUUUUUAUCAUCAGAAGUCAUGUAUAAAUGUAACUGCUAUUUCCUUGUUAUACCCUAUUUGUGAAAGAAAAUUUCUUAAAUUUAGUACCCGUUAA